AUGCAGAAAUUUAUGAUGCUGAUUCUGAUUAUGUUCUUCUUGUCUAUUUCUUCAGUGAAUUCUGAUCCACCUGCAGUUCCUGCAUUGUACGUUUUUGGCGAUUCUUUGUUCGACAAUGGAAAUAAUAAUCUUUUACCAACUCUAGCCAAGGCUGAUUUUUCUCCCUAUGGUAUGAAUUUUGAUGGAGGCGCCACCGGAAGAUUUACCAAUGGAAAAACUAUUCCUGAUUUAAUUGCUGAGUUUCUUGGAUUGCCAUUUUCACCACCAUAUUUGAGUAUAAGAGCAUCACCAAAGUUGACAGGGUUAAAUUUUGCGUCUGGAUCCUGUGGCAUUCUUCCUGAGACUGGAAAUUUUUUGGGUAAAUGCUUGAAUUUUGCUGAGCAAAUUGACUCGUUCAACAAUACAAGUAAACAAGAAUUGCCCAAGCACUACAAAACCUCGUCCGAGGUUUCAGAUUAUUUGUCAAAAUCAAUAUUUGUGAUUACUAUCGGCAGCAAUGACUACAUCAACAACUAUCUUGAACCAGGAUUAUAUGACACAAGUAAACAUUACGAUCCUCAAUCUUUCGCCAGACUUCUCGUUGGAAACUUAUCCCUACAAUUUCAGAGACUAUACAAAUUAGGAGCAAGAAAAAUAAUAAUGUUUGAAAUUGGACCCAUUGGGUGCAUCCCAUCAGUUACAAGGCAAUUUAAUCACAGUGGACAAUGCGUCGAGGAUGUUAACCAGCUUGCAGUAAUCUUUAACAACGAGCUAGCCACCAUGCAUAAGGAUUUGACAUCACCUUUGAAAGCCUCAGAAGUUAUACUUGGCCAGGGUCACAUGCUUGGCUAUGAUGCACAACGAGCUAGCCACCAUGCUUAA